UGUGAGUGCUGUGCCUUGGUGGGACAAAAGCAGGAAGUAAAGAAAAACAACAGGAAGGGAGCAGAAGAGAAAUGACUAUCGGGACUCGUUUGUUGAUAUCCUAACUCAGAAAAGAGCACAUUUUGUUUUACUGUGAAGGAUUUUGAAGACAUGGCCAGGAAGAGCAAGCCCUCAGAGCUGGUGGUGUCCUGUGAGUGGGCGUCCUGCUCCUUCAAAGGGAAGAGCAUGGAGGAGCUGUGUGACCACACCGCCCUGCACCUCAAAGAACACCUGGGGGAUGGGGAAGCCCUGGAGGAACUAGAUGAUUACGCCUGUCUGUGGAAUGGCUGCGAGUUCAUUGCGAUCGGAAGUCCCAGAGAGCUGGUAGUCCACGUGAACUUCCACACCUUCCACGCCAAGCUGAAGUGCAUCGGAUCCCAGCUGCUGCUGUCCCACCCGGAGCUGAGAGCCUGCUCCCAGGACCUGCACAGCAAGAACCUGGUGCCGGAGCUGUCGGGGGCAUUCGAGUGUCAGUGGGAACACUGUGACAGUACUUUUAACAACCCUGAGUGGUUCUACCGGCACGUGGACAUGCACGCUCAGUGCACGGAGAAGGAGCCCCUCCCGAACAGACAGGACGCCCUCGUCUGCUGCUGGAGAGAUUGCGACGCCACCUUCAAGAUUAAAUACCGACUGCGGGAGCACCUGAGGAGCCACACCCAGGAGAGGGUGGUGUCCUGCCCCACCUGCGGCUGCAUGUUCGCCAGCAACACCAAGUUCUUCGACCACAUCCAGAGGCAGUGCGUGAGCGAGGAGUCGUUGGUGUGUGAGCACUGUGACAAGCCGUUUGCCAAUGAGAGGCUGCUGCGAGAUCACGUUCGCCAGCACGUUAACCACAUUAAGUGUCCUCUGUGUGACAUGACCUGCACCACCCUUGCCUCUCUGAGAACGCACAUCAAGUUUCGACACUGCGACGAGCGCCCGUUUCAGUGUGAUUUCUGUGAAAGCAGUUUUAAAAACUCCCACGACCUCCGUAAGCACACAGAGACCCACAACGAAGGAGCCGCCUAUCACUGCGACGUGGAGGGAUGCACGUACUCCUCCCGCAUGGCCCACAGCAUGAGCCAGCAUUACAAGAGAGUUCAUGAGGGGGACAUGGUGGCAAAAUACAAGUGUCACCUCUGUGACAAGUGCUUCUCCUGGUGCUACACGCUCACUCUCCACCUCCGGAAGAAGCACCAGCUCAAGUGGCCAUCGGGACACUCUCGAUUCAGGUACAAGGAGGACGAGGACGGCUACCUGCGUCUCAACAUGGUGCGCUACGAGACGGUGGAGGUGACGGAGCAGAUCAUGAAGAACAUGGUGAAGAAGAGGACGCCCAGGAAGCUGUGGAGCAGCCAGCCCCGGAGGAGCGGCCCUGCAGCUGGGGGGGAGAGCUCCCAGAGCAGCGGCAUGGAGCCGGAGCCCCAGCCCGUGUACUGCGCCCUCAGCAACGUCACGCCCGAGGAGGAGGAGGAGGGGCAGGGGCUGCACACGCACCGCUCAGGGGCUGUGGAGGCGCUCACAGAAGUAGCCAGGGGGCUGGGAAUACAGAUUGUUUGAUUGUCUUUCUGUUUGGUAGAUCAUAGAACAUGGAGUUCAUUACAAGUUCCACUCGAGUUGCAGUGCACUAAGAAACAGAUUACAGGGAUGGAAAGAAGACUCCCAUUGCACAGCAGUGUGAUCCAUUCCUGGUUUUACUAGGAGUUCGAUAAGACACACCUGAGUUUAACUAUACACUGCGGCUAAUCAAGCUUGUAGUAAAACCUGGGAUGGGUGAGACUGCUGUGCAAUAGGAGUCUUAUUUCCAUCCAUGUUUUGUAAGAGAAAACUCUUCUUUCUCUCUCCAGUUUCUUGUGUUUUUUGGGACUUUUUAUAUCCCGACAGAUUAUGAAAAUAUAAAAAGACAAACCUAGUGCAAUGUUAAGGUAGGGGUUUAUAUUUGUCAUAUUAAUGGGGGCAGGCUCAUGGGGAAUGUAUCAGUGAAAGGAAUUCCAGUUGUCUUAUUCUAGGAACAGUAAUGUGUUUUAUGUAUUUCUGCAGGUGUGCUGCAGAUGCAUGUCCAGGGUCUGUUGUACCGUUUCUUUUCUAAACCUGGUAAAGAGGUCAUGUGAUCAGUGAUUCUCUUACCUCACCUAGUUUCAGGUUGAACUGCAGGAUUCUUUCACACUCUCUUUGCUGAAGCGCAGCACUUGAACACAAACCUUACCCAGUGCUGUGAAAUCUAAUACCUCCUACUGGCUUUAUUAACAUUGUUACCAGCGCCUCUUUUAUUGUGUUUAGAAUUUCUUCCCAUGUGUUUUUUUUUACGUCAGUUCGGGAUUUGCGUGCAUUUCAAAUGCACGGCUAUGGAGAGCCCUACAUCCUGGCACUGUUGCUGUGCGGUCACACGGUCUGCUUGGAGAUGGACCAUUGGUGCGAAUUUGAACAACACAGGAAGUGAUUCAGUACCAGGAAGCAACAGCAGCAGUUUCUUUUGUUUUUGAAACUUUUUUUGAACUAGUGAGAGGAAUCUUUCAAUGAUAUACAUGUGGUUCUGUGAACCAGUUUUGUGCCCAGAAAGUGAAGCCAUGGAAAUCACCAGUGUGCAUUGUUAUACCAGCAAAGGCUCGUUUUCAAAGGGUUUGAGCUCGCUUUCAAAGGGAUUACAUUUUCUGAAAUGGCAGGAGCCCAGUACCAGUUAUGGGCAUUUUAUGAAUCUUCUAUAUUUUGGGGCGGUUAAGAUUUAGUUAAAUUAUGAAUCUUUUCAUAAUUCAUGCUAAUUGUAAUUCCCAUUUUAGAUGAAUGCAUGUUGUAAAAUAUCUGAGAUUGUAAUGCACAGCCCUGAAAUGUUUUGCAUUGUCAUUAUUCAGCUCUGGCGUUUCGAUAGUAUUGAUGCACAGUGUGACUGUAUUAAAUCAAUGAUAAUCAAACUGUA